CCGCCGCCGCCCUCACCGGUCGCCGCCGCCGCCCUCACCGGUCGCCGCCGCCGUCGGUCUGCCCUACAUGGACGGAGGAUAGGCCAUCCCGCCGGUCCAUUCCCGCCCCACCGCGAGGGAGGAGACCACCCCGGCGACCUCCCCCCGUCCCCACCGCCGCCGCCGCUCAUCCCGGUCUCGUCCUCCUCCCCCGCCUCGCCGCCUCGCCGCGGCGUCCGUCCACCGCCGGCCGGCGAAGUCCCGGGCUCCGAUUCACGAAAAGGGGUGCUGAAGUUUGUUCCGGCGCCGUGGGAUGAGCGAGGAUGGCGCCUAGGGACAGCAAGGAGAUGCUGCAGCGGGCUGCCGAGUCCGCCAUCCGCUCCAUCGGCCUCGGCUACGACGUCGCCGCCGAUGUCCGGCUCAAGUUCUGCAAGCAGCGCGGCUCGCCCAACCCCUCGCUCAUCGAGCUCGACCGCGAUGGGACCCAGGACAUCGUGCUCCCCGGCAGCCUCACCACCGUCGCCGGCGUGCCCAAGUCCAUCAAGUGCGACAAGGGGGAGCGGAUGCGGUUCCGGUCCGAUGUCCUGUCGUUCCAGCAGGUCAGGAGAGCAACAACGCACAUGCAGCACAGAUUUGUGCGUCUUCUCCAUGCAAUCUUGUUUACUUAAUCUUCAGCCUGGGCCAUCUCUGUCACCAACGCCUACAGCCUGGGAACAUGAGCUCUGGCGGCAACACAAAGAAUUGAGUAAACACUAUUUUUGCAGAAUUGUUGUUGUCAGUUAACUGAAACUACAGCACAUUCCAAUCAAUUGGCUGCAGUAAAGAACUGAAGAGAUGGUAUGAUAACAACUGCUCUAUUUGUUCUAUCUAAUCUGUUCUUUUCUAUUUAAGAAAAAUAUAAGCAUGCAUUUACCAGUAGGCGAGAUCACCUAGCUAAUUUGUAGUGUUAUUAUUGUCUAAAUAGGAACAUUUUACCUCAUUAAAAGUACAGCCAUCUCCAAAACUACAACACAUUUAGCUACUGAACAUUUACCUGGUGAGAUGUUUAGUCAUGCAUCCUAAUUCAGACGCUGUUGUGUGUUUAAGUAAUCUGUCAGAAGUGUUUAUUUCCACGCAUGCAUUAUCAAAUUGGCUGUGAGCCGUAACGUGGAAUGCUUAGUAUUUUUUCUCAUACAGGAAACUUGCUCAGUUCAAUUAGUUCAGCUCCAAUGGCGGUAUCUGUAAGACAUGGAAGUGUGCAAUUUUUCUGUAUGUGCUCUCAUAUUUUUGCUCAUGCAUGCUUUUUUCAGUUAGUUUUUCCCACAUUUUGGAAAGAACCAUGCACAAAGGAAACAAACACUUCAUCUGAUGGUGUACCUUCUUAAGCUAGCAGUACUCUGAUGGAGUACCUUCUUCAGAGGGCAAAUAGCACCAGCAGCAGCAGUCACGGCGGCAGUCAACAGCAACAACAGAGGAGCAGUAGCAUCAACAUGAAUCAGCAACAGCAGCACAGGCAGAGGAGCAGUAGCAUCAACACGGGAAGAGGAGCAGGAGCAGCACGGGAGCUCCACCGGCGGCAGGGGAGAAACAGAGGAGAAACAAGAUGCAGCAGCACGGGCUAGCACGACAGGCGGGCACGCAGGCAGAGAAGGAGCACCACGGCGGCGCGUGGGAGCUCGACGAGGACUCGCGGGAGACCACGGAGGACGUGUGCGAGCUGCUGUCCACGAUGGAUCGUGGAGGCCGGCUCCGGCAAUGCCCGUAGGAUCGCGGUGGCGCACGGGAGGCAGCUCAAGGUGGACUCGCGGGAGCACGAGGAGGACUCGCGGGAGCUUGAGUACGAUGAGAGGGAGCUCCUGCUCCACCAGAUCGUGGUGGCAAAUUCCAGCGACACCCGCAGGUAAUCGCCGCGGGAGGGGAUCGCGGCGGCGCAGGUCUGGGCGGCGGCGGCAGAGCAAGUACUUGGCGACGGCGGCGGUGUUGAAGGUACGUGGUGACGGAGGCGGAACACUUCCUGAUGGGUGGCAAUCACGCAGCUUGGCGGCGCCGGCCCAUGGAGACGCACGGGCGACGGCGGAGGAAGACGACGGGGGUGGAGGGACUUGUUUGUGAUUGUUUUGAAACUACGAGGGCUUUUUUAUAAAAUUGCAAUGAUCUACGCCUGCGACAUGUUUUUCGGGACGGAGGGAGUACUAAUUACAACACAUAUACUUAUUUUAAAGAAGAAAUUGUUCAACUAAGGUGUUUGCCACUUAAUAAUGCCGCAUCCUAUCUAUUCGGUGCCUAUAUGGAUAUACCUACACAAUAUCUUUAACAAUCCCAAUUACCGAAUAUUUUCAUUUCUUAUGAAAUAGCAUAUGUUGACCCGGAUAAUCAAGACUUAACCAUGCCUAAGUUACUCCAUUGAAGAUUGAACAAUAUCUUUAACCAUGAUCUAGUGUUGUUUAUUUUGCAGCAUAGGGAAGUUCUUUCUACAGGACAGAAAUUUGUGGUGCAUAAUAAUCUUCUUCUUCUAGUCUUCUUCUUCUAACUUUCUUCUUUCCCAUU